AUGCGUCAGGAGGCAGCUGGCAAUGGGGUCGCUGUGGACCAACAGGACCAGCUCCAAAUGCACGACGCCCCGCGGCCGCACGGGUCUCCACCCCUACUUCCGCAGCUUCGGUUGGGAGCCUUGCAGCCGCGGCCGCGGCCACCACUCUCGGUGUCGCAGGACUCGCAAGAAAACAUCAGUGUCAGCGCGUGUUGGCCCAGCUCGUUCGACCUAGAUGACAGUGAGGACGACGAGCAGGACGAGGAACAACAUUACCGGAUUUAUUCCGACGGCGCCCCCCGCGUGUGGACCCGGGUAGCCUCAGACGCGAGCACGACGCCCCCGAUGUCGCGACAGAUGUCCGCCAGCCGUAUGAUGGAUGAGGACGGAGGUGCGGGCAGGUUUGGAAGCCCACCUGGAGCUGCUGGGGCUCCGAUAGGAGGAGCUCCGCGGCGUGGUGGGUCAGCUGGUGCAGGAGCAGCUUCAUCUUCCGGACAACAGGACCAUCUUUACCACCACCAGCGUUCUUCGGGCAGUAGUACUAGUACAACUCAGUUGCAAGGACAAGGAUCACUAGAUGGUCCACCACCACCAGCUGGAGGUCCGGCGGCCGCCGCUGCAGCGUCGUCUUGCCCCUACUUCCAGGGUGCUUCUGCAGCGGCUUCGAGCUCCUCCAGCCUUCAAGAAAUACUAGGCGGCUAUGCAGGCGGAGGUGGACCAGGAGUAGGGUCACAGAAUAGCGGCUCCUUCUCCUUGCUCGACGACCGUGCUCGUGAGGCUGGUGGAGGUCCACCAUCUUCCCGUCCACCUGAUCGUGGGCAGCUUCUACUCUCGCCCGACAGGCGCGAAGACGUGCUCGGAAGAACAUCAAA